CUGUUUGUUUGUACCACCUUCCCUUCAUCACACUUCUGACCCCCUUUCCCCCACCCCACUUUGCUUCCUUUGACUCAGAACGCACAACAAAAAGAUGGUAAAGUGAAGCAGCAGCAGAAGCAGCUAAAAGAAGAAGAAGAAAAGCUCAGCUUUUUCUCCCAGUUGAGAAACUCUGAAGACAGAUCCUCUCCAACACCAAUCUUUAUCAAUACAUCAGAAAGUGGUAGAAAGGUCUCUCCUUUGGUUCCAUGGAGGAUUACAGGUCAAGGUCUUAUGGGGAUGGGAGGAUGGAGAUGGAGGUCUAUGAGAGCAGGCCUCAGCCUUCUCUCUCUGGCCCUCAGGACCUCAGGUGCUACAGCGCAUCCUACGCCUCCUCUCACAGCAGCAACCAGGCCCCUAAGGAGAUCAAGCUCAAGAAGGGGAAGAGCGCCUCUGGUUCCUCUUCCUCCAGGAGUGGAUGGAGCCUCAGCGACCCCGAGCUACAGAGGAAGAAGAGGGUGGCGGGAUACAAGGCUUACGCUGUGGAGGGAAAGAUGAAGGGGAGCCUGAGGAGAAGCUUCAGGUGGCUCAAGGACAGAUGCACCCAGGUGGUGUAUGGGUGGUGGUGAUUCCUGUAGGUAUUUUAUCAUGCAUCUUCCUCUCUUCGAUUUGUCACCAUAAUCUCAGCUUUUUUAGGCCUUUGCAUCUGUAAACAUCAGAAAUUGUUGGAUCUUUAUUGUAUGAAGGAUUGAUUGAUGUGAUUCCCAUUUCU